CGGCUGGUGUGGGAAGCAUCCGUCAAACCCGAGCGGAGCCGUGGGAGCUGUCGCUGUAUAGGGCCCAUUGGCGACUCAAACUUCACUGCCAACAUGUCCGACGAGGAGCAGGAGCAGACCAUAGCUGAGGAUCUGGUGGUCACCAAGUACAAAAUGGGUGGUGACAUCGCAAACCAGGCCCUACGUCUGGUGGUGGAAGCAGCCAAGCCAGGGGUGUCAGUGCUUAGCCUUUGUGAAAAAGGGGAUGGAUACAUCAUGGCUGAGACUGGGAAGGUCUUCAAGAAGGAGAAAGAAAUGAAGAAAGGCAUUGCCUUUCCCACCAGCGUCUCAGUCAAUAACUGUGUUUGCCACUUCUCUCCCCUGAAGAGUGACCCUGACUACACACUUAAAGAUGGGGAUCUGGUCAAAAUAGAUCUUGGGGUUCAUGUGGACGGCUUCAUUGCCAAUGUUGCUCACAGCUUUGUUGUGGGAGCCAGCAAGGAAAAUCCAGUCACAGGCCGGAAAGCUGAUGUAAUUAAGGCAGCUCAUCUGUGUGCAGAAGCAGCCCUUCGCCUUGUUAAACCCGGUAACCAGAACACUCAGGUGACAGAAGCCUGGAACAAGAUCGCUCAGUCCUUCAAGUGCUCACCAAUUGAGGGAAUGCUGUCUCAUCAGCUAAAGCAGCAUGUCAUAGAUGGAGAAAAGACCAUCAUUCAGAAUCCCACAGAUCAACAGCGGAAGGACCAUGAGAAGGCAGAGUUUGAGGUACAUGAAGUCUACGCUGUGGAUGUGUUGAUAAGCACCGGAGAAGGAAAGGCCAGAGAUGGAGGUCUGAGAACUACAAUUUAUAAGAGGGACCCUAGUAAGCAGUAUGGCCUGAAGAUGAAGACUUCCCGUACGUUCUUCAGUGAGGUGGAACGACGGUUUGAUGCUAUGCCCUUUACUCUUCGGGCUUUUGGGGAUGAAGCCAAAGCUAGACUUGGUGUGGUGGAGUGUGCCAAGCAUGAAUUGCUACAGCCCUUUAGUGUGCUGCAUGAGAAAGAAGGAGAGUGUGUAGCUCAGUUCAAGUUCACAGUGCUGCUGAUGGCCAAUGGACCCCACAGAAUCACCAAUGGACCCUUUGACGCAGAGCAUUACAAGUCAGAGCAUGAAGUUCAAGAUGCGGAGCUUAAGACUUUACUACAAAGCUCUGCAAGCCGUAAAACACAGAAGAAAAAGAAAAAGAAGGCCUCAAAGACGGCAGAAAACGCAACUGGACAGCCGACUGAGGAAACAGAAGCCGUAGAAUAAACAAAAACUGCCUUUCCACACACGCAAGACCCCAAAGAGAAGCAAGAGGAAUCAUGACAAACAGCCCCAUGCUCUUUGCCCAUUGUACACCUAGUAGAGGCGAUUUCACUGAAUUAAACCCAAAACUUAAAAAUUGAAUAAACAUUUUGACAUCCUUUAUGGAUCUUUAACCCUUUACUGCAUUAAGCUAGGGUGAAAUAGAAGGAAAUGUUUUUGUUUUAUCCAACCUAGGCAGGAAAUUAAGAAUAUUUGCAAACAUAAUAGCAACUUUGAAAAUACUUGUUGCCAAAAGAUUAUAUCUUCAAUUACUGCUUGCGACUUAAAAUGAGAAAUCCUCUUCAUGCCUGUUUUUAAAUGUAGCUGUGGCUCACAGCAGGCAUUACAAGGGGCUGAUCUCUUAUUUUCAAAUCCAAGCACCAUGGAGGAUUAUGGGAUUAUACCACCAGAAACUUGGAUCAUAUUUGUAAAUUCACAUUUUCCUUUUACAGAGGCAUGCUUUAUUGAAGGGGCCAUCCUGGAUUGACGUGCCACUUGAGAGGCAACUUUAACUGAAUUGUCAUAUUGUUUCCCUUUUGGCAACAAGGUCUACCAAGAUUUCUUGAUUUGUUCAAAGUGAAAAGGUUUAUGUGUACUUUUGUCACUUCUUACCUGUGUUAAAAAAAAAAACCUUUUGAAACAUUUCAAGAGACUUCUUCUAUCUGAACAACAUGCUGUAAAGGGUUAAAUAUGUGUCUCACUCAUGAAUUAUAUGUUUAUUUACAAUAAUGACAGGGAUUGUAAUAAAACAGAUCAUCUUUGUGCCAGAGUAAAUGUGGGGAGGUUAGUGGAUACAGGGCCUGUCUGCAUCUCAGACUGCAGCUACACCACACUAGAUUUUGUUAAAGCAAUAACCUGAACAAAAGACUGGACAGUUUCUAAGUUUACAAGCCAAUUGUAAUCAGCUUGACAUUAGGGAACAAAAAUGCUACAUUUACUGCCAUUCCCCUAGAGUUUUGUGAAAGGAUUGAAACUUAAUGUUCUGAUUUUGAACAUUUUUUCUAUCAGUGACACAUGUUGCUCUCUGUAAUAUGCCAUUAGUCUUGUGAAGCAUGAAAACUGAAGCUGUAAAGCUUUACUAAGAGUUUGUCAUGGAUCAGUAUGAGAUCAUUUUAGGUCUGAGUUUCAUCUCCAGGUGUGGGACUGUUGAGUCACAUUUGUCAACAGUUGAAUAUGUUUAGAGAGUAAAAUCCUGCUUUGUAGCUCAGUCAUUGGGCAAUGUGACUUUACAUCUAUAAAAUAAAACAUUUUCAUACA